AACCUCCACUUCUGGCAGUGACAAUCAAGUAACGAAAAUUAAGAUAUUGGGAAUUUCGUUGAGAGAAAAUAAUAAUUUUCAAUCAAACGUGUGAAGGCAAGAAAAGAGUUGUUGAGCCUUGACCAGGAUAUGAUGAUAGUCAAAGUUGGGAAAUGCUUUUUUAUUUUUUGAAAGAAAAGUUGGGAAAUGCUAUUGGAAGAAAAAGGAGAUCUUCGAAUCCAUGUGAUUUGGUUCCGUGGUGCGGAGAGAUCUCUGCCAUAAAUCUAAAACAGAGAGCUCGUAUGCCUUAUUCUGCAGAUCAAAGAGCGACGUAAUUCCCCAUUCAUCCGAAGUAAUCUUUCAGUAUAGAACAGAGGCAUUCUGAGCAUUUAAGGAACUCUCUUUGAACGAUAACAGCGUCCUCAAAAAAAAUAUAUAUAUAUUAAGGACGUCGCCUAAGGGGGUAGUGUAGCCACUGAAAAGCACCAUGGAUGCUACCGAAAAGCUUCUGUAUAUUAUGAUUCUCCUCCAAUUCACAUCAUGCAGUUGUCUUGAUAAAAUUACAGCAAACCAGACCUUCAGAGAAGGAAACCUUCUAGUCUCAAAGGGUAAUGAAUUUGCAUUUGGGUUUUUUAGCCCUGGCAGUUCUAGCAAUAGAUAUCUCGGAAUUUGGUUUUAUAAAGUUUCAGAAAAAUCUGUGGUAUGGGUAGCAAACAGGAACAAUCCUAUUAGUGGCUCCUCCGGUGUUCUCUUAAUCAAUCAAAAUGGGAACCUCGUUCUUUAUAGUGAUCCUGAUCAAAAGGUUCCAUUAUGGUCUACAAAUUUAACAGUGGAAAGUUCGGAAUCAGAUACUCCUGUGCUUCAGCUCUUGGAUUCGGGGAAUUUGGUAUUGCUCCAAGGUAGAAGUGAAAGAAUUGUAUGGCAGAGCUUUGAUUACCCCACCGAUACCUGGCUAUCGGGUAUGAGAAUUGGGUUGAAUUGCAAGGCUGGUUUCCCUUGGAUGUUAACUUCAUGGAGAUCAGCAAAUGACCCAAGUAUUGGAGAUUACUCACUUAAGUUGGACACAAGAGGCUCACCGCAGUUCUUUCUUUACAAGUUUUCAAAACCCUAUUGGCGAAGCACUCCAUGGCCAUGGGGAAGAGUUAUGGAUAUAUACAAUUAUACUUAUGUUAACAAUCAAAACGAGAUAUAUUAUACCUACAAUACAUUUGAUGCAUCUUUUAUCUUGAGAGGAGUAGUGCACUAUUCAGGAUUUGCCAAGUGGCUAAGGCAGCAUAAUGGCCAGUGGAAAGAGUUCUGGUCUGUACCUGAAUCCCGGUGUGAUUUGUAUGCAAAAUGUGGUGCUUUUAGCAAGUGCUCUCCUAGCUAUCCUGAUAAAUUUGAGUGUUCUUGUUUGCCUGGGUAUGAACCAAAAUUCCCAAGGGACUGGCUCCUUAGAGAUGCAUCAGGAGGAUGUAUCAUGAAGCGCGAAGAUCCUUCUUCAUUGUGUGGGCAAGGAGAAGGAUUUGUGAAAGUGGAAAAUGUUAAGCUUCCUGAUACUUCAGCUGCGAUUUGGGUUGACAUGAAUACGAGUCAUAUGCGUUGUGAACAGGAGUGUAAGAAGAACUGCGCCUGCUCAGCUUAUACAAGCAUAGGUAUCACGGGCAAAGGAAGUGGAUGUUUGGCUUGGUAUGGGCAAUUGUGGGACACAGUAGAUUAUGCAGGUGAAGGAUUUGAUCUCUAUGUUCGUGUCGAUGCAGUUGAAUUAGCUGAGAAUGAAAGAAAAUUAACUGCUUCUCAUGGAAAGGAGCGGAACAUUCUAGUACUAUCACUUUCUUCAGCAUGGAUUAUCAUUUUCUUCUUAACCUAUCUGUGGCUCAAGAGAAGGAGAACAAGGAAGAAGAAGAAAUCAGAAAACGGAGUAUUUGAUCCUAUCCAUGGUUCAAUCUACCACAGAAAUACUCUUUUGGCAUGUGAAGUUGGAGGGAGUAGUCAUCCUCCAGACAUAACCUUUUUCGAUCUUAACACCAUGGUUACUGCAACUAACAACUUCUCUCCAGCUCACAAACUAGGCCAGGGUGGUUUUGGGUCAGUGUACAAGGGUCAGCUAUUUAAUGGACAAGAGGUUGCUGUAAAACGACUGUCCAGAAAUUCAGUGCAAGGCAUAGAAGAAUUUAAAAAUGAAGUCAUGUUGAUUGCGAAGCUUCAACAUCGGAAUCUUGUGAAACUUGUUGGAUGCUGCAGUGAGGGAGGGGAGCAAAUGUUAAUUUAUGAGUAUCUCCCAAAUAAAAGCUUGGACUCGUUUCUUUUUGAUCAAAGAGGAAAGUCAGCACUAGACUGGAGGAAACGCUUCAAUCUCAUAAUUGGAAUGGCUCGAGGAAUAUUAUAUCUUCACCAAGAUUCAAGAUUGAGAAUUAUCCAUAGAGAUUUAAAAAGCAGCAACAUACUAUUAGAUGCGGAAAUGAACCCAAAGAUUUCAGAUUUUGGCUUGGCUAGAAUAUUCAAAGCUGAUCAAAUUCAAGAGAAGACAAACAGAGUGGUUGGAACCUAUGGCUAUAUGUCACCAGAGUAUGCAGUGUUCGGUAAGUUUUCAGUAAAAUCUGAUGUAUUCAGUUUUGGAGUCAUAAUGUUGGAAAUUAUAACUGGCAAGAAAAGCAACGACUUUAUAACAGUGAAAUCUUCCCUUUGCUUGAUAGGACAUGUAAGUGAAAGAAACUAUUCAGAAACUAUACCUCCAACAAGAAGGUACAUAAUUUAUAUUAACUGUUCACCUCUGGUACAGGUGUGGGAGUUAUGGAUAGAAGACAAUGCGCUGCAGGUAGUUGAUUCAUCACUGAAGGGGUCAUAUCCUCCUCAUGAAGUCUUGAGAUGCAUUCAAAUUGGGCUGCUAUGUGUUCAAGAAGAUGCUGCAGAAAGACCAACUAUGUCAGAAGUAAUUCUAAUGUUGAACAGUGAAACAGCUCUUCCUAGUCCAAAACAUCCAGCUUACAGUUUUAGAGCAUCAAGCAGCAACACUAACUCAUUUGGAGUAGGGGAGGAAAGAUCAGGUUCUGUAAAUGAGGUUACAGUCACUACUUUUGUAGCUCGUUAAGGAUACUUUAGAAUCAUCAUUCGCAUGUAAAUUUUACUUGAAGAUAUGCAAUUUAGGUUGUACUACAAUGAUUUAUAGACGUUUUCUUUCAACGACUAAAUAGGAAUCUCAAUAACUUGUCGUUCACCGA